AUGAGGUAAUAGCCAUACUUCAUUAAACCUGUGAAUCACUUAUCCUAUAGAAAUCAAUCGAGUAAACAAAGCUUUAGUCAAUAAUAAAGUGAGGAAUCAAAAUCAAAAAGUUAAAAUCGAUUAUCAAAUAUUAAAAGACCAGCUCCCAUAAUCACUCAAGCUAUUACUUCUCCUUAAUUAAAAAGGACUAAUAACUAAUUGAGAAUCUUGAAAAGUAAUAAAGUAGAUUUGCCAUCCCUGCCUUCGCCUCAAAUUCAAUAAUAAUGUGAUUAAUCAUUGUCAAAGUUUAAAAGCUUUGAAAAUCUGAAUAUCCAAAUGAGGUAGCCAACGCCAAGAAGAUUUAAGUCUGAUGAACCUAACAUCAGUGAACUUGUCACCUAGCCAAAAAAAACUAUUCGCUUCAGUUAGCAUAGCAAUAUAAGAUUGAGAAAUGAUUCAGCAAAAGCUCGCAAUAGAUCAAAUCAUGUACCUUUUCAAAAAACUAACACUGAACCAAGCGAAAUAGUUCAUUCUCCAAUUAAGCAAAAGGCAAAGAGAGAUUUUGAUGAUUCAAGAGAAAUUCUAUAUCAAUUGCAAAGAGGUUACUCAAAAGAUAAGUAAUCAAUUUUGAAGACUGAACCUGAUGACCCUUAUAGAAUUGGCAGCAUAUGUGAAAACAGAAACUCUACAAGUUUGAAAAGACAGUUUGGGCAUCAAUAUAUUAAUGAAUCAUAAAGAUUCCCAACGAAACAUCAUAUAGAUAUGCCAUGUGAUGAUGAGUUUUCUUAGUUUUUUAAAGAAGAUGAUAUUUAAAAUAAUUUUAAGAAUACCCAAAAAAACACAAGCCAAUAAAAUUAAAUUAGUUAACAAACAAAAGAGAAAAUUUUAGAUUUGCUUUUUCUUUCAACUGGAGAAUUAAAAAAAAAAUUUAAUGAAUAAAGCAGAAUACAAUAUUCAAAAAUUACUAGUAAAAUAUAGCAAAACAAACCAAUAGUACCUAAAAGCAGAUUUCCCAAUGACUUUUUUAAUGUUUUGCAUUCUAAUGAAUCUCAAUUAUUUUGA